AUGAAUCUAUCGCACCGUUUUGCGUCACCAAUGCUCAAGACGGCGAGGCUCAAAGUUUCGUCCCGCGACGGUAUUCGUUCCUCCGCCGUCGACAUGCCUCCGUGCUCCGGUUCAGUUCGCCGAGCAGCCGUUGUAUUCCUUUUCGCCAUUACCAUCACAUGCUUCCUCGUCUACAGAUCCGCUGAUUCUCUCAACACCGUCUCCGGCUCUUCGUCCUCGAUUCUCACUCGCAUUUUGCCGUCUUACGAUUCCUUCAAGUCUCUGGAAAUUGAAGAGCCUAAGCUCGAAGACGUUCUUCGUAGAGCUGCAACGAGAGACGGCACAGUGAUUUUGACGACUCUGAAUGAAGCUUGGGCAGCUCCUGGAUCUGUUCUCGAUCUCUUCUUCGAGAGUUUCGAGAUCGGCGAAGGAACAAGCGUGCUUCUGAACCAUCUGGUGAUCAUUGCUCUGGAUGCUAAAGCCUAUUCCCGUUGCCGAGAAGUGCAUGAGCAUUGUUUCAGUCUUGAAACAGAGGGAGUUGAUUUCUCCGGCGAGGCUUACUUCAUGACUCGCUCUUACUUGAAGAUGAUGUGGAGAAGAAUCGAUUUCUUGCGUUCUGUUCUUGAAUUGGGUUACAACUUUGUUUUCACGGAUGCUGAUGUGAUGUGGUUUAGGAACCCAUUUCCGAGGUUUUACAGAUACGCUGAUUUCCAGAUUGCUUGUGACCAUUACCUAGGAAGGUCCACGGAUCUAGAGAACAGACCAAACGGAGGAUUCAGCUUUGUGAGAUCCAAUAACCGGACUAUACUCUUCUACAAGUUCUGGUACGCUUCACGGAUCAAAUAUCCAGGUUACCACGACCAGGACGUUCUCAACUUCAUCAAGACGGAGCCUUUCAUCUCCCACAUCGGGCUUAGUAUCAGGUUCUUGAACACGGCGUACUUCGGUGGACUCUGUGAGCCGAGCAAAGAUCUGAACCUUGUUCGUACGAUGCAUGCGAAUUGCUGCUUCGGUAUGGAUAGUAAGCUUCACGAUCUUGGGAUCAUGCUUCAAGACUGGAGAGAUUUCAUGUCUUUGCCACUUCAUCUUAAACAGUCCUCUGGUUUCUCCUGGAAAGUGCCACAAAAUUGCAGUCUUGAUUCACUGCGAAGAUAUGACUCUGCGGAUGAAGAAGGUAGUGAGCCACCAGGAGGAGAGUCUGAAGAGUGA